AUGAUGCUCGGUACCGUUUUUCUCUCAGCCGUGCUGUUGCCCCUUGUGGCCGCCAGGCCAGAGGGUCGGCACCCCGGAUCGUCCACGCAGCGGCGCGGCUUGGGCAUGCUGGCGGUCGACCAGUCUCAGUUCGACUUUCUCCCAUAUGAACUGAGAGAUAUCUGCUUUGACUGUACCCGACCGAACCCCGACGCCCUGUACUCGUGCCAGGUCAAAUUUGAUUGGUUCGACCCAAAUUCGACCAAGGACAAUAACGUGACAGCGUGCAGCUGCGCAUAUUCGUGGUCUUGGGACGGUGUCACCACGGAACCCGGAGCGCAAAACACAUUCGACCCCAAGGCUUACAUUCCCUGCCUAAGGGACACUCCCGUAUACUUCGAGAUGGCACUCAAAUGGCUGGCUGGGGCCAAUAAUUUCAGCCUGGCAAUGUCCCACCAUUACAAGGACACUUCCAUCGAGCCGAAUAGUCCCUACAGCUGGUUCUCGACCUAUGCCUAUCCUCAGCUUAGCUUGCCACUCGUUUUACAGGAGGAAAAUUCGAUGACCCACUACCACCCAGGUCCAAUAUUUGCGAAAAUCGUCGCCAUCGACUGA